CGAACGAAUCCCGCGGAAACAGACUCACGCAUAAACACAACACAACGCAAAAGGCCAAGUCCCUCUCUCGUCGGACCAUACUCUCAAGGCUAAAGAGCCAGGCGAUCAGCACCUUCCUUCUGCUUUCUCUCUUUCCCACCUUCUUUCUCAAACCGCCGCGCCAAUAUAUAGCCAAAUUGAAACAAAGAAUAUUCAGACUUUUACAUAUUUAUAUGUGAUCCCUUGCGAUUCCGUGCUCUGUUUUCAUCGCUUUGAAUCGAAUCUCUCCUUCUCUUUUCGUCUCGUGAGUAUAUCUCUACAGUGUGGAAGCGGUAAUGGGGGACGCCAUAUCUGAUAAAACUUUGAAGGAUUUCUACAUUCCUGAUUACAUACUUACACCUGGGUCAGAGGUUAGCAAUGCUUCCCAUAUACCUACUUGUCCUGUGAUAGUCUUCAUUAAUUCCAAAAGCGGAGGCCAGCUGGGAGGGGAACUUCUUGUUACAUAUCGUGCUCUCCUAAAUAAAAACCAGGUUUUUGAUUUGGGAGAAAUGGCUCCUGAUAAGGUACUACACCAGCUCUACCUCACCCUAGAAGCUCUUAAGUGCAGUAAAGAUUAUUUGGCAGCUGAAAUCCAAAAGAGGUUGAAAAUAAUUGUUGCUGGUGGAGAUGGGACUGCCAGCUGGCUGCUUGGAGUAGUAUGCGAUCUCAAACUACCACAGCCUCCCCCCAUUGCAACAGUCCCAUUGGGAACCGGAAACAACCUACCAUUUUCUUUUGGCUGGGGAAAGAAAAAUCCAGGCACAGAUCCGCAUUCCGUGGAAUCAUUCUUGAACCAAGUAAAGACGGCAAAGGAAAUGAAAAUUGACAGCUGGCAUAUCAUCAUGAGGAUGAAGGCUCCAAAAGAAGGAGCAUGUGACCCUAUUGCACCUCUUGAAUUACCGCAUUCUUUGCAUGCAUUUCAUCGAGUAUUACAGACAGAUAAACUGAAUAUGGAGGGUUACCACACAUUUCGAGGGGGAUUCUGGAACUACUUCAGCAUGGGAAUGGAUGCUCAAGUAUCAUAUGCCUUUCACUCUGAGAGAAAGUUACACCCUGAGAAAUUUAAAAACCAGUUAGCUAAUCAGAGCACCUAUUUGAAACUUGGAUGCACUCAAGGAUGGUUUUGUGCUUCACUAUUUCAUCCUUCUUCACGGAACAUAGCACAGCUGACAAAGGUUAAAAUCAUGAAACAAGGUGAAUGGGAGGAUCUUUGCAUAGCUCGCAGCAUCCGGUCUAUUGUUUGCCUCAACUUGCCCAGUUUUUCUGGAGGACUUAAUCCUUGGGGAACACCAAAUAAGAAGAAAUUGCAUGAUAGGGACCUCACUCCUCCAUAUGUUGAUGACGGCCAAAUUGAGAUUGUCGGUUUUAGAAAUGCUUGGCAUGGGCUUGUUUUGCUCUCUCCGAGUGGCCAUGGGACUCGUCUUGCACAGGCAAAUAGAAUCCGUUUCGAGUUCCAUAAGGGUGCAGCUGACCAUACAUUCAUGAGGCUAGAUGGGGAGCCAUGGAAACAACCCCUACCGGUUGAUGAUGACACCGUUGUGGUAGAAAUCUCUCACUUUGGUCAAGUUAGCAUGCUUGCAACACCACAUUGCCGAUCUAAAAGUAUAUACGACCCCUCCUCGCCUGUCAGUCACCAAGAGGAAGGAGAGGACAGUAGUAUUGAAGAAACCAUGGAAGAUUUUGAAGAACGAAAGAAGUUAGGUGCAGCCGAUACUUUUAAAUUUCCCGAUGAGUUUGACGUAGCUCAUCUCAGCUAAGUACUUAAAGAUCUGACCCAUUCGUCUUUUGCAAAUAAAUCCUGCCUUUCCUCCUC